ACUGACUCGCCAAUGAACCUGUAACUCUAGCAUAACACUCUGCAGCCACUGCCAAAUGCGUAUCCUUCGGAAAAUGUCAGACGUGGGGGGACGGAUGUGGAGACAUGGGAACGCUAGAGCGCGAACUCACUGACCCAAUGACCAUCAAUGCUGGUUUCUACUUCCGAGGCUGCCACGGCUUAGUGAAGGCUGAUCGAUGGCCGAAUAUCCGCGCACAUAUUCAGAAAGGAGAUAAAUAUGUGGAAGACAUUCGCUAUUCUGAACAGCACCCUCGCAUCUCAACAGCACCACCAAAUCACUCCAUUCUCUUCUCCAACAGCCUCAACCCCGACAGGACCUCAACAUGAAGUACUUCACUCUAUCCAUGAUGACUGCCCUUGCGGCGGCUUCGCCCAUCUCCUCGGCGGCUCAGUUCUCAGAGAACGAGAUACAGGCGCGUCAGUUCGGUUUCGGCACUACCACUCGAAACGAACUUGAAGAUGGCCGAGCUGGUUCUUGCCCAGAGGCAAUCUUCAUUUUCGCCCGGGCUUCCACUGAGAGUGGUAACAUGGGCGCUUCUGCCGGCCCUGCAGUAGCCAGCGCUCUUGAACGCAACUAUGGUGCCAGCAAUGUGUGGGUCCAAGGUGUUGGCGGACCAUACUCGGCAGAUUUAGGCUCGAACGCACUGCCCGGCGGCACUUCCCAGGCUGCGAUAAAUGAAGCUGUGGGCCUUUUUGAGCAAGCAAAUCAGAAGUGUCCAAACACUCCUAUUGUUGCUGGCGGCUACAGCCAAGGUACCGCCGUCAUCGCGGGAGCCAUUCCCAAGCUCUCUACUACGAUUCGCAAUCAAGUCAAGGGUGUCGUGCUCUUCGGCUACACACGAAAUGCCCAGAAUCGUGGUGGCAUUCCUGACUACCCUAGCGAGGACCUGGAGGUAUACUGUGCUACUGGUGAUCUUGUAUGCGUUGGGACGCUUACUAUCACUGCUGCCCACUUCUCUUACUCGGAUGAGGCCGCAGGUCCUGCGCCAAGGUUCUUGAUAGGCAAGAUUGAUGCGAACUGAGAUAAUCGUGAGGCGAAGCCGCAGGAGUUGAGUCGAAGCGAUCGAUAAGUCUUUUACGAACUUUUCGGAUAACAGUUAAUUUACAAAGUAAUUUCUAGGGUCUUCAA